UCCUACAUUCUCUUUCCCUGUGUCAGAUCAGGGAUCAUUUUUUUUCCUUCCUCUACUCCCUCCCCCCUACCCGCCCCUCCCUCCCUGUUUCCCUUCCCUCCCUCCCUCCCCUCUCUGCUGGGUCUGUGCGCUGGGGCGCCGGAUCCCCUCCGCGGCUGGGACGCUCCGAACUCGAGGCAGGAGUCGGCUCUCCGGAGCCUCGUCCCUCCCUUCCCCUUCCCUGCCCCCUUCCCCCACCCCCGACUCGGGCUUGGCGCGGCGGCCAGAGGAACCCUGAGUCCCGGCCCAGGCCCUUGAGCUGGCAGGAUGGAAAACUCCUCUGCAGCGUCAGCCUCCUCGGAGGCGGGGAGCAGCCGCUCCCAGGAGAUCGAGGAGCUGGAGCGCUUCAUCGACAGCUACGUGCUGGAGUACCAGGUGCAGGGGCUGCUGGCUGACAAGACGGAGGGUGAUGGCGAGAGCGAGAGGACCCAGUCCCACAUCUCCCAGUGGACAGCGGACUGCAGCGAACCGCUGGACAGCAGCUGUUCCUUCUCCCGAGGGCGAGCCCCCCCACAGCAGAAUGGCAGCAAAGACAGCUCUCUGGACAUGCUGGGCACAGACAUCUGGGCAGCCAACACCUUCGAUUCCUUCAGUGGUGCCACCUGGGACCUGCAGCCGGAAAAGCUGGACUUCACCCAGUUCCACCGGAAAGUCCGACACACGCCCAAGCAGCCCCUGCCACACAUCGACCGCGAAGGGUGUGGCAAAGGGAAGCUGGAAGAUGGGGAUGGCAUCAACCUGAAUGACAUCGAGAAGGUCCUUCCAGCCUGGCAGGGCUACCACCCGAUGCCCCACGAAGUGGAGAUCGCACACACCAAGAAGCUGUUCCGCAGGAGGAGAAAUGAUCGAAGGCGGCAGCAGAGACCUCCAGGGGGGAACAAGCCCCAACAGCAUGGUGAACACCAGCCAGGCAGUGCCAAACACAACAGAGACCACCAGAAAUCGUACCAGGGGGGCUCAGCGCCCCACCCCUCAGGGAGGCCCACUCACCACGGCUACAGCCAGAACCGGCGCUGGCACCAUGGCAACAUGAAGCACCCACCAGGCGACAAGGGGGAGGCAGGCGCACACCGCAAUGCCAAAGAGACCAUGACCAUCGAGAGCCCCAAACUAGAGGACACUGCAGGGGACACCGGGCACAGCGGCCUCGAGGCCCCCCGCAGCCCUGACACCCUGGCCCCGGUGGCUUCUGAGCGGCUGCCCCCACAGCAGCCAGGGGGGCCAGAGGUUGAGACAAAACGUAAAGACAGUAUUCUUCCCGAGCGCAUUGGGGAGCGGCCCAAAAUUACCCUGCUCCAGUCUUCCAAAGACAGACUGCGGCGAAGGCUAAAGGAAAAGGAUGAAGUGGCCGUGGAGACGACCACUCCCCAGCAGAAUAAGAUGGACAAGCUGAUCGAGAUCCUGAACAGCAUGCGAAACAACAGCAGCGACGUGGACACCAAGCUCACCACCUUCAUGGAGGAGGCCCAGAACUCCACCAACUCUGAGGAGAUGCUGGGCGAGAUCGUGCGCACCAUCUACCAGAAGGCCGUGUCCGACCGCAGCUUCGCCUUCACCGCCGCCAAGCUCUGCGACAAGAUGGCGCUCUUCAUGGUGGAGGGAACCAAGUUCCGGAGCCUGCUCCUCAACAUGCUGCAGAAGGACUUCACGGUGCGCGAGGAGCUGCAGCAGCAGGACGUGGAGCGCUGGCUGGGCUUCAUCACCUUCCUGUGCGAGGUCUUCGGCACCAUGCGCAGCAGCACGGGCGAGCCCUUCCGCGUGCUCGUGUGCCCCAUCUAUACCUGCCUCAGGGAGCUCUUGCAAUCUCAGGAUGUGAAGGAAGAUGCUGUCCUUUGCUGCUCUAUGGAGCUGCAGAGUACAGGCCGGCUGCUGGAGGAACAGCUGCCUGAGAUGAUGACAGAGCUCCUGGCCAGUGCGCGGGACAAGAUGCUGUGCCCCUCUGAGUCCAUGCUGACCCGGUCGCUGCUCCUAGAGGUCAUCGAGCUCCAUGCUAACAGCUGGAACCCUCUGACGCCCCCCAUCACGCAGUACUACAACAGAACCAUCCAGAAACUGACAGCCUGACAGCCAGGGGGCCUGGCGGGCGGCCCGCGGGCAGCUGGGGCCCUGGUGCACAGGGCCAGAUGGACAGGCGGGAGGACAGGGGUGGCCCUGGCGGGAGAAAGAAAUGGGGAGGAGGGCAGGCAGAGUCGGUGGCCAGUCUGGAGCCAGACGGGGAAGGGAGAAAAUCCCUGAGAGGAGUGCCCCCGCACAAGCCCCCGGCCCGAGCAUGCAAGCUCACACCAAUAAGGGAAGCAUGUUUCUUUUUCCUGGUGGCCCUGGUCCUCCCCUUCCUCACUCCCGCCUCUCCCCUCCCCAUCAGAGCCAUCCCCCACAGAGCUUUGUGUGAGGGAUCUCAUCGCUGUGACUCCUCGGAGACCUUGGCAGCCUUGCACACUGGGGCACCGCUUGGGUCAGAAAGGACCUCGGAAGGCUGAAAAAGUGGGUCGGAGACGGGCUCGCAUUGUUCCCGCAUGCUGUCAGCCGCAGUCGCCAACUGGCAGCAGGCGACGUGUAGCAGAUGUCCGGGAGGACAAAGGCAGGCACGGUCCCCACCAGCCGCCCGUAAUUGACGGCCUUUGUCAGCCAUGGCAGAGCUGGCGCUCCACCUCCCAUCUCUGAGUCCUCCUCACUGCAGCCCCCCAGCCUCAGGCCUAGGGGGUCAGGCGCAGGAGGGGAGAUGGAGUUUGCAGUUCCAUUUGCACUCUUUUGUUUAUUGUGUUUUAUUUUUCAAAAGUCGGUUGCUUUGAAGUCUCUUCGGUCAAUGAAAAUGCCUGCGACGUGAUCACACAGUCAGCACUGUUGAGGAACCCCGGAUUAGUGGGAGAUCAAACCCAGCCCCCUCUAGAAGGAUUCUAGCCACAGACAGCUUGCCAGUAGCCAAUUAGGGUAAUUGGAAACUUCUGCCCCGGCGGGGGUCCCCGCUGGAAUCCUGUGUUUCUCGCCACUGGCUUCUAGCGCCUGUUUUCUCAAAGAGCUGAUACUGUCACCACUGGGACCAAGUUAAACCUGGUCCUGGCCCCAGGGGCCUUUUGGCAAACAGGGCACAGAACGAGACUAGCAAAUUAAAACUAAAAUUCUAGAUGGUGUCUCGCGCUCCACAUGCAGGUCUUACUGGGGAAAAGAACGGGAGUGGGGGCUCCCCAGGACUCGACUUUAGCUAAUGCGCUGUGUCCCUGCCCCAGCUCGGACCUAGAAGCCCAGCCCGGACCUAGAAACCCAGCCUUCCCCCAGCUCUUGGGAAAGGGGUGAAUUCACUGAGUCAUGAGAGGGACAGUCAGGUGACCAGCGGGGUCACCAGAUGGAGCUUCCCAGCCGGGAAACAAGGCUGGGGUUUCUUGGCAGGCCCUCAUCCUGGGGAGCAGGCCCUGUUAUUGACUAGAGAGGAAGGUGUGGGCUGGCCACAUAGCUCCAUCUCUGGGGGCUGGAGCACAUACUUUGAUGAGCCCCCCCCCCCGGAAAUGACGUCAGAGCCUAGCCACUUCCUUAUUUGCUCUUUUAUUGAGGCCGGGCAGGCCCUGGGUCACAUUGGAGGCCCCUCUUGGUCCACAUUGGACUGGCCAGGAGGUGAUAGGCAAGGGAGGUUCUCGUGAUUGAUUCUGAGUCUGAGAGUGGUGAGUGGGGAGAGGCUUCCCCAGUUCUCUCCAGCUCUCCCUGCAGCUGCGACCUGCCCUCUGGUCCCAGGUGUGGAGCCUGUGCCUGUCUCCAAAAAUAGCCUGUUGGCGACAAGGUGUGGGGGGCACAAGUUUACCUGAAACAGGUCGGUGGUCUUUCCCAAGAAGCCCACGCCACUUCUGGUCCCUGGCCCCUGAACCCUGCCUUCUUCCUCCCUCCACAGUUUCUUCCCAGACUUUCUCAAGCUCCUCCUCACUGCCCUUCCUCCCCAGCCCAGCCUGGGGACACAGAUGCGCAGGCGUAGGAGGCCUUGAGGGAGGAGCUGGCUGAUGUGGGGCUGCUCAGGUUGGGCCCCGGGGCGAGCUUGCUGUCGUGGCCAGGCAGCCUCCACCUGUGCUUCAGCGGCCACUGCCUCCCUGAAGUGUGUGGGGUGCGUCCGCUAGGAGGAGGCAAGGCCCCCAAAGAGAGGCGAGACCUGGGAGUGGGAGCUCAGGUCAGGGAGCAGACAGGGGAGUGGGGUCUCCUAGACCCUAUGGUGGGCUCAGAGCAAGCUUCAUGCAGGACGCUCCGAAACACUGUGUGGAGGGGGCUGUGUUGUGGGCACCUUGGGGCCUGACACUCCUUCCUCCGAACGGGCUCCUUGGUGGUCUGGCCACAGGGGCAGCUCCCCCUUGGCUGUUAGGACCAGAGUGUGAAGAAGUGAAAUAUAAAUAUGUAUACAUAUAUAAAUAUAUUUUUAAUUACAUGUCGUGUCACGGUGGCUCCAGACGUACUGUUUGCCUAGUUUAUUCCACUGCUUGAAGCGCUUCCUAGCCAUCCUGAACAACAUUUUAAACUGUUUUUCUAAAUGCAGGUUGCUGCUCCUUUUUCAGACAUGGAAGGAAAAAACGUUAAGACUAUUUUUUUUUUUUUUUUUUAAGAAACAACAGUCAAGCCUAAAAUUUGAGACCCUGAGGCAGCUUCCCAAGGGAGACUACUGAGACAGGAACUGUAGGACAGAAGUGGACGCCCCACAGACCCCUGGCCCCCUCCCCAAGCCUCGUCCCCUCUCUGCGGCAUGAGGAAGGCCACGUCCGAGUUAACCUCUGAAUGUACGUGAUGAGAGGCAGAGCUGGAUAUUGCAUUUCUAAGGCUUGCGUUGCUUUCCCCUCGCCCGCGGUUCUUGGCGCAUGGAAGAGGCGGUCCAGCCAUCUGAUGUUGAUCCUGUCUCAGUCUCCCCACUGCCUGUCAGGAUGAGUUAGUCAUUGUUUUUCUCCGAGGCGGCCUGCUUGCCACAGCCCUGCUCCCCACGGCCUGGUGGCUUUGCCGAAGCUCUGGGACCGCAGCCCCAGCGAGGCUCCCAACCUCACCCGGACGAGGCCGGGAGCCCCGCCGCCGUCCCCGUCCCCGGGAGUGUGCACCCUCAGAGCCCGUUCUGUCUGUUCGUCCUUCCUUGACCAGUCUGUAAACCUUCACCGUUUGGGGAUCGUCCUGUCCAUUCAUGUAAAUGUAAAUGUUGGCCGAGUCGGUAUUUAUUCUGAUUUUUAUCUUAUUCUAUUUUAUUUUCUCCGAGGGAUGAGGGUGGGGGGUGUGGGAAUUGUACCACGGAUCAGGCCUGGGCAGCUGUAGGGGCGGGGGCCCAGACAGCCAGGCCGCCACCACAGCAGCCCCAUGGGGUGCCCCAGACGCGGGCCUCCAAGAAGCCAAGUCCCAGUCUGUUUUCUGGCAUCAGACGCCGCCCGUGUUCCUUGUCAGACAGACUCUCAGGCCCGCCCGGGGAGUCGUGUCCCUCAGCUGCAGGGCACUGUGUUGGGAAACUGUUGGCUGGGCCUUUGAGGACGCAGAUCAGGAGAAAGACAACUCUCCUCUGUUCCGAACACUCGCAUGGAAGGGCUGGCCACCUCCCUGAGCUGGCUGGGAGCGGGCGACAGGACCUACCUCCCCAGAGCAGGGGCCUGGGGCUUCCCGCCAAAGCUGCCGCGGAACCCCACUAACGCGACCACCCUCCCUCCGUCGGUGUGUCCUGCUUUCCAGCUGAACCCAAACUACAAGUGGGUUUAAAAAAAUAAACACCACC